GCCGAUGGCCAGCAUCCAAAGCUGCCUUUGUUUCUUUGCCAAAACCCAAUCCCCAUCACUUCCUUGCCUCUCAGAAUCGCCGCUGAGACCUUAGUAACCACGGUUAUUUUUUGCGGCUCAUCACUCUUGAAUUCCCAGUCAACCGCGCGCGCAACAGGGAUGGCGUCAAACGCCUUCCAGUUCGGGGGCGACUCCGAGUCGGAAGACGACAAUUUCAAUCCAGCACCCGCCGAUUUGUCCGAUGACGAGAAUGAGGGAGACCAGGCCAGUGAGCGAAAUGGCAAGACUGGGCGCCGCGGAAGCAGCCCUGCUGCUGACGAACAAAGCCCCGAGGACGAGGAAAAUGAGCGACCCUCCAAGACCGCGCCGAAAUCCGGCGGCGAUGAUGAAGAGGAAGAAGAUGGCGCCGAAGACGCGCAAGCUGCCGAUGACGAAGAAUUGGAAGAAGUAGAAGAGGAAGAGGAAGAAGAGGAAGAGGAGGAAGAGGAGGAUGAUGAGGAUGAUGAUGUCCAGCAUCGUCACCGUCGCAAGCGACGCAAGGAUCACCGCGCAGCUUUCUUCGAUAUCGAAGCCGAGGUCGAGGAUGAGGACGAAGCUGAGGACGAGGAAAAAGACGGCGAGGAAAUAGAGGAUUUCAUUGACAAUGCCCACCCCGACGAUAUCGCCGAGAGCGGCCAUCUCGAUGACGACAGGAGACACCGCGAGCUCGACCGCCGUCGCGAGUUGGAAUCCAGUCUUGAUGCUGAGAAGCAGGCUGAGAUCCUGCGGAAGCGCUACGGUAAACGCGCGCCCGCUCGAGGGUUUGGGGAUAUGGCAGUUGUCCCCAAGCGUUUGCUGCUCCCUAGCGUCGAUGACCCUAGCAUCUGGGCUGUCAGGUGCAAGGAGGGUAAGGAACGUGAGGUCGUCUUCUCCAUUACCCGUCGCAUCGAGGAAAGAUUGGGCACCAAGAAUGAGGUACCCAUCACGGCAGCAUUCGAGCGCGGCGGCCCCAACUCGGUCAUGAAGGGCUACAUCUACGUCGAGGCUCGCCGACAGAACGACAUCAUGAUUGCUCUCGACGGUAUCCUCAACGUUUACCCGCGGACAAAGAUGAUGCUUGUAGAGCUCAAGGACAUGCCGGACCUCUUGCGGGUUACGAAGACUCCUAAUCUGGAGCCUGGCGCCUGGGUGCGUCUGAAGAAGCCUGCCAAGCACGCCGGUGACCUCGCACAAGUUCUGGAUGUCACCGAGAACGGCCUGGAAGCGCGUGUUCGUUUCAUCCCCCGCCUCGACUAUGGUGUUCGCGAUGAUGCCUUGUCGACACUUACAGCAGAUGGGAAGCGGAAGCGGCCUGGCAUGCCUGGGCCCCGCCCACCUCAGCGUCUGUUCAGCGAGGUCGAAGCCAGAAAGCGGCAUCCUCGCCAUAUCACCGGCAACCCGCAGACAAACACUUGGACAUACAUGGGCGAGGACUUUGAGAAUGGUUUCCAGGUCAAGGACAUCAAAAUUCAGCAGCUUGAGGUCAACAAUGUUAAUCCCACCUUGGAAGAGGUCACCAAAUUUGCCGGCGGCUCAGAGGACGGCACCGAGAAUCUCGAUCUCAAGGCGCUCGCGGCCAGCCUGAAGAGCAAUGCGAAAGUUGCCUAUGUCCCUGGGGAUGUCAUUGAGGUCUACGAGGGCGAGCAACAGGGCGUUGUCGGCAAGGCAGUCAAUGUCCAGGGCGACAUCGUUACUCUCAAGGUGACCGAAGGAGACCUGAAAGGCCAGACCAUUGAGGUUCCCAACAGGGGCCUCCGCAAGCGUUUUAGGCCCGGCGACCACGUCAAGGUCAUUGGCGGAAGCCGUUUCCGUGACGAGGUCGGUAUGGUCGUCAAGAUUGUCGACGACCGCGUCACUCUCCUGACAGACCAGACCAACACCGAGGUAACCGUAUUCAGCAGGGACUUGCGCGAGGCCAGUGACAUUGGUGGUCAAGGGUCUCUCGGCCAGUAUUCCCUGUUGGACUUGGUGCAGCUCGACCCAACCACUGUGGGGUGUAUCGUCAAGGUCGACCGUGAAUCCAUGGUUGUUCUUGAUCAAAACGGCGAGAACAGGCAGGUCUUGCCCUCACAGAUCACCAACAAGCUCCCAAAGCGCAAGACAGCCGUCGCCGCAGACCGCAAUGGUUCCGAAAUCCGGCUCGACGACGUGGUUCGCGAGCAUGGCGGGCAGCAGCGUCAGGGAAAAAUUAUACACAUCCACAGAUCUUUCAUCUUCCUACACAGUCAUGCCAGCACAGAGAAUGCCGGCGUGUUUGUUACCCGGGCCGGCAACGUCACCACCAUCGCAGCGAAAGGCGGCCGCAUUACCAACGCAAACUCAGGCCCUGACUUGAAUUCGAUGAAUCCGGCUUUGAAGCGAAAUCCGGCAGCCAAUAGUAACAAUAUGCAGGCUCCUCGGAGGUUCGGCCCGGACAGGGCCAUCAAUCAGACGGUGACGAUCCGGCGGGGUGGUUACAAAGGCUUGCUGGGCAUCGUCAAGGAUACCACCGACACACAUGCACGCGUUGAGUUGCACACCAAGGGCAAGAUCAUCACCGUGCCAAAGGCCGACCUUAUUUUCAAGGACAAGGUUACCGGGCGGCCCAUCGACAUCUACAGCCGGUCCGGCCGCGGUGGCUUUGGGGGAGGACGUGGCGGAUUUGGCGGAUCGGGUGACUAUCCAGGCGGAAGCAGGACACCCAUGGGCUCCGGGGGCAGCGAGCGGACGCCGGCAUGGGGUUCCUCGAAGACUGUCGCGCGGACACCAGCGUGGAGUCGUGAUGUCGCUGGCUCACGCACCCCUGCCUGGGGCGAGGGCUCACGAACCGUCAAUCCAUACGAUGGUAACCGCACCGCGUAUGGCGGCGCUACCGCUUACGGUGGUGGCUCUCGCACCCCUGCCUGGACCUCUGGCGCUAAAACGCCCGCACCGGAUGGUUUCGGUCACGGCUCAAAGACCCCGGCCUGGGGCGGCGGUGGGGAUGCGUGGGGCUCCAAGACGCCUGCUUACGGGGUUUCGGCCCCCACACCGGGCGCAAGUGGGCCUGACAGCUGGGGUUACACCCCCGGCGCCAGCGGUGGGUCCAAUGCAUUUGACGCGCCGACUCCCGGGGCCGGGCUUGGCGCGCCCACACCGGCAGCUCUCAAUGCUCCGACCCCUGGCGCCUACUCCGCCCCUACCCCGGCUGCGAUCAUCGCCCCCACACCGGGCGCCUGGCAGGGCGGCUGGGGAGCUGAUACGGCGCCCACGCCUGCGGUUGGCGCACCGACGCCGGCUGCCAGCGGCGGAUAUUAUGGCGCGCCCACGCCUGCUGCGUACGGCGGUGCGCCCGAGACGCCGGCGGCUGGGGAGAUUCGGUAUGCUGAUGAUGACUGAUUGGUUGGUGGGUAUCAAAGGUCCAUACUCGGAUUGGUACUAGCUUGCGUGAACGAGAUAAUCCGAUCCAAAGGAAUUGAGUGUUACUGGCGUUCAUGGUUGGGCUCAGACAGCACAAGGCAGGGUUGACAUAUGGAUGGUUAGGAGGGAUCGUCGACACUAUCAUAGAUUCCGUAGGCCGCCUCUGACAAGGGAGU